AUGUCCGUUAAACCCAUUGACAAUUUCAUCAUGAACAGUGUUCACCUUUUUGAGGUGAACCCAUCUCAGACACUUUUUUCUAUAUCAUAUAAACCACCUACACCAAAGACAAACACAAAAGUCUCGUUUAGAACUCAUAACUCACACUUAUCUUCAAACUACAGAUUUACCACCAACAAGAGUAAGGAUGUUUCAAGGCUGCUCAGUGCACUGGGCCCACGAGGUGUAUCUGUAACUCCAGGCAAAGUUGAAAAGAAAGCACAAUUGAAGAAAAAGCAAAAGAACGCUAACGCAAAAAACUCAGAUAAAAAAACAAAAGCUAAAAAUAUUCAGGACAUUGUCGGUCUGGCUACUUUAAUCGUUAACACAGAUGUUGAAAAGAACGAACCUGCAGCCACGAAAACCACUGCUGGACAGAAAAAAGGUGUUAGCGCUGCGCAAAAUAGCAAUGGUAACUCUUCAGCUUCAAAAAAGAAAAAGAAUAAGAACAAGGGCAAAAAGAAACGUUAG